AUGUCUUUUGUUCCCCCCUCUCUUCCAAAAGGAUCGUCCGAAGUUCCCGUCUCUUCUGGAGUUCACUUACCGCCCAUGAGUCAUCCGUAUGAGCGGGAUGUCGUUCUUCGUCAUGUUGGUGAUCAACAUCCAGAUGAAGAUCAUGUCAGUAACUCGGAUGCACAUACCGAAGUUAAUAGUGACCCCGAGCUUGACGCCAAACACACGCUGGUUAGUUGGGAGGAAAACGACCCUGAAAAUCCUCGCAAUCUUUCACGCCUCCGAAAAUGGACGAUCACGCUUAUAUCUUCCGCAUUGUGUCUUUCAGUAGCCCUGGGAUCUAGUAUAGUAACCGGGGAUAUCCCAGGUCCUAUGGAGGAGUUUCAGGUGUCUGAAGAGGUUGUAAAUCUGACAGUAACAUUAUUUGUUGUCGGAUUCGGUAUUGUUGACGGCGAUACCAAAGGCCCCUUGGUAUUUGCCCCUAUGUCUGAGAUUCUUGGCAGAUAUCCUGUCUACUGUAUAAGCAUGGGUCUGUAUUUUAUCUUCACUUUACCCUCGGCACUGGCUCCAAAUAUUGGAUGUCUGAUUGUUUCUCGAGCCUUAGCUGGCCUCGCGUCGUCAGCGCCCAUGACCAAUGUCGGAGGAACUUUGGCAGACAUUUGGGAUGUGGAAGAUCGUGGUGCCGCGAUGGCGGUAUUCUCGUCGUCCAUUUUUAUGGGGCCGUGUAUUGGUCCAUUGAUCGGAGGCUUCAUCGGAGAGACUAUAGGAUGGCGCUGGAUCUAUUGGGUCCUGUUCAUAUUUGUCGGAGUGGUAUUCGCCGCAACCGUGCUCUUCAUGCCUGAGACUCUAAGUCCAGUACUACUGCGCCGUAGGGCUGCUCGUCUGCGCAAAGAGACCGGGAAUCCAACAUUAAAGAGCGAGAGUGAGCUUCAACAUGUUAGCCUCGCUGAGAAGGUAAAAAUAUCUUUGACACGCCCGUUGAUCCUCCUUGCAACGGAGCCACUGCUGAUCUGCAUGUCAGGGUAUCUUACGUUUAUUUAUUCUCUCCUUUAUCUAUUUUUCUUUGCUUACCCUAUCGUGUUGCUUCCAAAGGGUCUGAACGCCGGAGAAAUCGGACUGACGUUUAUUGGCGUUAUGAUUGGCAUCUUCUGCGCAAUGCUUCUCCUCCCACUGCAAGAGAAAGCCUACCGAAAAGUAUGCGAAAAACGUGGAGUUGUACCUGAGGCCCGUCUCCCAUUGAUGAUGUUCGGAUCGAUGCGAGUUCUCUAA